AUGGCGCCUGAUAGCAAAGAGCUGAGCGGGGGCAACCUUGAGAAGGUCUCUACCAAGGGACACCAAGGCAGUCAGUACGAGCCGAUCGCUAUCGUUGGAAUGGGGUGUCAUCUUCCGGGCGACGUCUCAUCUCCAUCUGACCUCUGGGACUUUCUGCUUCAGGGUCGCUCGGGUCAUUCAAAGAUGCCUCAGUCUCGUUUCAAUGCCGAAGGGUUCUAUCACCCCGAUUCGAACCAUCCGAACAGCAUAAAUGCAACCGGAGGCUACUUCCUAACCGAAGACAUUCGAUCCUUCGACAACAGCUUCUUCGGAAUUAACAACUUGGAGGCUAAGUACAUGGAUCCACAGCAGCGCAAGCUUCUGGAAGUGGUACACGAAUGCUUCGAGAAUGCAGGUCUACCCAUGGAAAAGCGCUUGGGCGCCAACGUGGGCUGUUACGUUGCCAACUUCACUUCCGAUCACCAACUGUCGCAGGUGAAAGACCCUGAUUCCUUUCAUCGAUAUAGUGCUACUGGCAUGGGAAUUACGAUCCUUGCCAACCGUAUAAGUCAUGUUUUUGACCUGCGAGGUCCAAGUAUGGUGCUUGAUACUGCAUGCUCUUCAUCGUUGUACGCUUUACACACAGCGUGUACUGCCCUAAAUGCUGGCGAGUGUGACGGGGCCAUCGUUGCCGGCGCAAAUCUGAUUCAGUCGCCUGAGGUCCAUAUUGCAACUGUCAAGACGGGCGUCCUCUCAGGAACUUCGCAGUGCCACACAUUCGAUAAAUCAGCUGAUGGAUACGGGCGUGCCGAGGGUGUCGGUGCACUCUUCUUGAAAAGACUGAGUGAUGCCGUCCGAGACUCAGACCCAAUACGUUCUGUUAUUCGAGGCACCGCUGCCAACAGCAACGGCAAAACCAACGGUAUAACGCUUCCAAGCGCUGUAGGACAAGAGGCCGUCAUUCGGAAAGCAUACGUCAGAGCUGGCCUGGACCUGGAUGAAACAGAUUACGUCGAGGCUCACGGGACUGGAACGCCUGUCGGAGAUCCAAUUGAGAUAGACGCUUUAUCACGCGUGUUUCACCAUCGAAGUGGGCGGAGAACCCUAGUCGGCUCAUUAAAGCCAAAUCUGGGCCACAGUGAAGCUGUAAGCGGGAUAUCUAGUGUCAUGAAGGUAACGCUGGCACUUGAGAAUGGGCUCAUACCACGCACGAUCGGAGUCACCGACGUGAAUUCUGAGCUCCGCGUAGAUGAGCGAAACAUCAAGAUAGUCACGGAACCGACUCCUUGGCCGGAAAGCACGGCUCGGAGAGCCAGCAUCAACUCUUUCGGAUACGGUGGCGCUAACGCGCAUGUAAUUCUGGAAGCUGCUAAUGCUCACGUUCCCGAUGCUCCUCAGAACUCGAAUCCUCAGUGCCAUUCUCUUGGAACAGCAGUAUUACUGCCACUGUCCGCACACAGUCGACUGUCUUUGAACGAAUUUGUAGAAAAUCUCGCAUCUUCCAACAUUGGGAUUCAUCGUCUCGAGGACCUUGCUUUUACGUUAAGCUGUCGCCGUUCACAUUUAUCCUCACGUGGAUAUCUUCUCGUCACUCGAGAUACUAUAUCCAAUGACUUACACCCCAGUAGAUUGCAAACGUUAGAAGCUGCUAAAGAGCCCCUUAGACUCCCUCUUGCUUUUGUUUUCACCGGACAAGGAGCACAGUGGGCUACGAUGGGAAGUCAUCUCCUUGAAAGGUUCUCUACUUUUCGCCGUACGAUUCAAGAGCUGGAUACUUCCCUUGCCGGUCUUUCCAAUCCACCUUCUUGGACAAUCGAACGAGCGAUACGGGAACCGGAGGUGUCCAGUAUGAUACACGUUGUGUCACACUCUCAGCCUGUCUGUACUGCGAUCCAGAUAGGAUUGGUAAAUCUGCUAAAGGAAUGGGGGAUACUUCCACAAGCCGUCAUCGGGCACUCCUCGGGUACUCUUGCUGAUCAACUCUACGAAGACUGCACUGACACCGGAUUCUGUACAGGAGAAAUAGCGGCCACUUUUGCAGCUGGACACAUCACGGCGGCCGAAGCCAUCGCUGUUGCUUAUCACCGUGGGCAAAUCUUGUUGAGAUCUCCAUGCAGUGGCGCAAUGAUGGCGGUGGGUCUAGAAAGCAGUUCUGCUUUCAAGAUAUUGUGCGACACUGGAUAUCAAGAUAAGCUCGCCAUUGCGUGCGUGAAUUCACCCGAGAACGUUACAGUCAGCGGUGACGAAGAGGCCGUCGACGCCCUUGCUGCUUACUGUCAGGAACAAAACAUAUUCACAAGGAAAUUGAAGACAGAUGGAAGGGCUUAUCAUUCCAAGCACAUGUCCACCCUUGGCCCAGAUUACGAGAACAUGAUAUCAGAAACAACUUUUCAAACUGAGUCAUGUCAGUCAAAGUCGGCACAAAUUCCAAUGAUAUCGUCCAUAACGAGCAGACUUGUUGAGCCCAAUCAAACGAGGACCGCCAACUAUUGGCGCCAAAAUCUCGAAUCGCCUGUUGAUUUCUGUGGUGCGCUGAAAGUGCUGUUCUUGGACCAUAAGUAUCACAUCAUCGAAAUUGGACCUCAUCCGGCCCUGAGGCUCCCUAUUGCUCAGACGCAGAAGACGCUAGGCAUUGAGGAAAGUCACUGUCUUUACUCAUCGACUCUUUUUCGGGGCGUCAACUCGGUCAACAGCAUGCUUCAGCUCGCUGGAUCCCUUUUCCUGCGUGAACAUGAGGUCAACAUUGAAAGAAUAAAUCGCACAAAUUCCGCAUCGAGCGAACCCCCACGGCACGUUCUACACAGCUUGCCAAACCAGAAGUGGGUCUACGGCCCGCUGCUAUGGCACGAGUCACGCAUUAGCCGAGAGUCUCGCAGUCGUCAGAAUCCACGUCAUGAGCUCCUUGGGACACGGCUGCCCGGGGAUAACGGGAAGACAAUGACUUGGAGGAACUUACUAAAAAUCAAGGACGUGCCAUGGCUCGGAGACCAUAAACUCGGUCAGACAGUCGUAUUUCCUGCUGCGGGGUACUUAGCCAUCGCUGUUGAAGCACUCCAUCAAGCGCUUGGGCCUGACAGGCAUUUUGGUCCCGUACUCACCUUUCGCCAGGUGAACUUUGUCAAGGCACUGGCAAUGCUAGACGAGGGCUCGGAUGUGGAGAUGCUUACUGAGUUGAGACCGCUGCAGAUUUCCAGCACCACAACUUCAAAGGUGUGGUGGCAGUUCGAAACGAGUUCGCAUGACGGCCAUACUCCGACGACGCAUGCGAAUGGCUAUCUUGGCCUUGAAAUGACCUCCCAAUUUAUUUCGCCUACCCUGAACUUCUCCACUGCCUCGAUGGAGUGGCAACCCAUGCGGAAUUGGUACGAAAAGAUGCCAACUUGCGACAUAAAUCCUGGUUCCUCUUUCCACUCUUUGGCUGAGAUAAUGGUCGACAGAAUGAGAACUGCGCGUCAGACAGUGGCCAAGACGAUUUCGAGAUCAGAAGCUCUCCCCAGCCCUGGCGGGUGUCCUCACUAUUUCAUUCAUCCCACUACUAUUGAUGCAUGCCUACAGACAGCGUGGAUCGCUAGCACAGCUGGAUUGAUCGAGGAUUUGAAGGGAUUAGUUCCAGUGUCCAUAGGAUCCAUCAAGAUGGCCACAUCUAUAGAUCGUUUUCCGCCGGGGGCGCGCAUUAUUCGCGGUGUCUCCGAGCCUGUUGGGUUUCAAUCGGCCAGAUUUUCGUCAGAGCUGUACGACUCGGAGGGCAAUGUCCACCUCCAGAUGCAAGGCAUGCGAGCCGUUCCGUACCAAGAAGGCGCGACUCAGACUGUUUUGUCCGGAGAGCGCUAUCCUAUGCUUCGAGUCCUUUGGAAGCCAGAUCUGUCGUUACUAAAGGCAGACGACUCAACAGUUUUGGAGACUUGCGCUGAUAAGCUUCCUCUCAUUCAGAAGAUGUUUUCGGAUACUGAUACAAGGACCGUUGCAGGAGUUUUGGAUCUUCUGGCUCAUAAGAAUCCAGAUAUGAAAAUUCUGAUGCUUGGCAAAUACAGUAAAGAGGUCACUUCAAGCUUCCUGGAGAUGCUCCACGCAAAUACUUCUUUGAGGAGGUUUGGUUCUUUUACUUGGGCUUCCUUGACGGUCUCAGGGCAAUUAGUCUGUGAGGACAGCAAAGAAAACGUCAAUCAUCGAUACAGCAUUGACGCUGCCGCAAUUCAACAAGGAGCACUGUUCGACGCCAUCGUCAUGCCAACUACUGCAUGCAUAAAACCCUGUCUCGAGGACAACUUAGAGAAACUUCUUGGCUAUCUGGCGGAUUCUGGAAGCUUGCUCUUCGUGGCUGACCCUGCAAUGACUGCACAAAAAGUGCCUAGUGGUUUUUCGAAGAUACUAGCACCCGUGAGAGACUCGAAGAAUAAAGUAGUCACUCUCACUCGAGCUCGUCGUUAUGAAGGGCCUAAAAUAAUUGCGCGUUCCACGACCGUAAUACUGAUUGGACAUAUACAGGAUAGUGCCUUUAAUGACGCGCUGAAGACAAGUAUCUCGAGCACUCAUGGUUAUGAGGUUGUACGCGUGUCCUUAUCUGACAUCGCCGAAGCGACGUUGCCGGCAAAAUCAAUUGUCGUCUCCACGAUUGAACUUCGGAGGCCGAUUGUGGGUACUAUGAGUGCAGCUGAUCUAGAUUGCCUUAAGCUUCUAGUGGAAAAGGCAUCAAUUAUCUUGUGGGUCUCGGGUGGUAAUCUGUACAAUGCCGAGCGCCCGGAUUUUGCACCGGUAUUUGGACUUUCACGAUCCGUACUGCUGGAACUACCAUCGAUCAAAUUCGUCGUUCUUGACAUUGAUACUACACGUGAGGAGCUGAGGUCAGCAGAGAGUAAUAUCCCAAUGCUGUUGGAGCAGGCGAUUCAUAAUCCUAGAAUGGACCUCGAAUACUUACAGCACAUGGGCAUCCUGCACGUUAGCAGAUUCAUCCCGGACCAUUCCAUGAGUCGCCGAUUUCGGGAGAAGCAGGACGAAGAGGCUGUAGACCUACUGCUGAAAGACGUGGGGGUUUGCCAACUAUCGAUCAAGCACUUGGGCCAAUUGGAUACAAUUCAAUUUGUCACCAGUCCAGAGCAAAACAGCCCUUUGGAGGCAGAUUUCGUUGAGGUACAAGCAAAGAUCUUGGGCCUUAAUGCAAAGGAUGUCCAUGUGAUGUCCGGCCGCAUUGACACGAAGAAUGGAACAUGCUCAGCAGAGAUUGCCGGCAUCGUCAGAAGGGUUGGCUCGCAAGUAACAAAGUUUGCGGCUGGAGAUCGAGUGGUUGUCAUGGCUCCUAACCACUUCGCUACUGUCGAGAAAGUGCCAGAGUGGGCUUGCUGCAAGCUGCGCGAUAAUGAAAACCUUGCCUUGAUGGCAACCAUCCCUGGCGUAUUUUCCACGGCUUUGUAUGCUUUGCAUCACCGCGCACGUCUCGAGCAUGGGGAGAUCUUUGCUACUGUGAGCACGACGGAGAAGAAGCGAUUCCUGAUCGAAACCUUCGGUCUUGAUGAGGAUCAUAUCUUCUCAUCUCGAGAUUCCAGUUUCCUUCCUGCGGUCUUGCGUGCCACCUUUGGGCGUGGAGUAGACGUUGUGCUCAAUUUCCUUACCGGCGACCUUUUACACGACAGCUGGCGCGCCUGCGCAGACUUCGGUCGCUUUGUAGAGAUCGGGAAGCGAGACAUCCUGGAUGGCGGUAGACUGGACAUGGAGAUAUUUGAACGUGGAAUCACCUUCACCGCUUUCGACCUUUCUGCUUUAUAUUAUUCUACUAGCCUCAGUCGUCGGGCUAUAUGGCAAGCCCUGUUACACGAGAGUGUAGAGCUUUACAGGUAUGGAAGAAUCAAGUUUUUUCCGCCGCCUCAAAUAUUCGACAUUUCGGACGUUGUCAAAGCUUUUCGAGCUGUUUCGCUCAGUUCCCGGAUUGGCAAGAUCGCUGUUUCCUUGGAAAAUCCUGAUAGCGUGAUACCAUUUGUACGUCCCAGAUACGAUACAAGACUGGAUCCAAACAAAAGCUAUUUUCUUGUUGGAUGCCUCGGCGGCCUGGGCAGAAGCUUGACCAGAUGGAUGUUUGGCCGAGGCGCGCGCAGCUUCGUUUUCUUAGGGCGCUCAGGCACUGAGAAACGUGAGGCUAUAGACCUAGUUGAAGAUCUUCGCAAGAGUGGCGCACAAGUCCGUGUGGUCUGUGGCGAUGUGACCGUCUACAAAGACGUUGAACAUGCCAUUGCCCAAAUACCUGGAACCAUCGGAGGAGUUGUCCAGGCUGCAAUGGGACUCGAUGAGGCAUUGUUUGCUACAAUGUCAAGUGAAAAAUGGCGAAAAGGUGUCGAUCCGAAGAUUCAGGGAACUUGGAAUAUUCAUAACGCACUCAAGGAGAAGGACGGCCACCUUGACUUCUUCAUAUUGACGAGCUCAAUCUCAGGAAGUGUAGGAACCGCCACGGAGAGUAAUUAUUGUGCCGCCAACGCAUUUAUGGACACUUUCGCCAGAUAUCGACGGAGCCUGGGUCUGCCUGCGAUAUCAAUUGGGUUGGGGAUGAUUUCUGAGGUCGGCUAUCUGCAUGAGCAUCCCGAUAUUGAAGCCUUGCUCUUGCGCAAAGGGCUUCGGGCCAUCACCGAGAGCGAGUUGUUGCAAAUCAUGGAUAUUGCUCUAACAGAAAAAUUUCUUAGCAACCAGUCGUAUGGCAGCGAGCAUUUUAUACAAGGCCAUGUUCUUACCGGCCUCGAGGCGCAAGGCUUGCAGGACAUUCGAAGGAAAGGUUUCGAAGGGGGGAGCCAUGUUCUGGACGACCGACGCACUUCAAUAAUGGCCCGAGCUCUUUCUGAUGGUAGCAGCGGAGGCAUGAGCAGUGUCAUCCAAGAGGGUCCGGGCAGUGGCCACCUGCCAAAGUCCAUCGCUGAAGCUCUUGCUGCGGAUAAGAUCGACGGCGGCGCUCUCACUAGAGCUCUCGAAUCAAUCGUGGGGCAGAACAUCAGCAACUUGCUCUUGUUGUCGGCCAACCAGCUCAAUGCCAAGAGCUAUCUGUCCAAAUUUGGGCUAAAUUCUGUGUUGGCGGCAGAGUUCAGGUAUCAUCUACCGUGUCUUUGA